CCCGCGCCCUCCGCCCCCGGGGCUCCUGACUCCAGCCCCGCGCCCCGCGGCCCGCGGGCCGGCAGCGGGCACCACGACCUGGUGCAGAGGAGCCUCGUGCUCUUCUCGGUCGGGGUCAUCCUGGCUCUGGUGCUCAACCUGCUGCAGAUCCAGAGGAAUGUCACGCUCUUCCCGGACGAAGUGAUUGCCACUAUCUUCUCCUCGGCCUGGUGGGUGCCGCCGUGCUGCGGGACGGCCGCUGCUGUUGUCGGCUUGCUGUACCCUUGCAUCGACAGUCACCUGGGAGAGCCCCACAAGUUCAAGAGAGAGUGGGCCAGCGUCAUGCGCUGUAUUGCAGUCUUCGUUGGCAUUAACCACGCCAGUGCUAAAUUGGAUUUUGCCAAUAAUGUCCAGCUGUCUUUGACCUUGGCGGCCCUGUCCCUGGGCCUUUGGUGGACGUUUGAUCGCUCCCGAAGCGGCCUUGGGCUUGGGAUCACCAUAGCCUUCCUGGCGACGCUCAUCACCCAGCUUCUCGUGUAUAACGGUGUCUAUCAGUAUACAUCCCCAGACUUCCUCUAUAUUCGUUCGUGGCUCCCGUGUAUAUUUUUCUCAGGAGGUGUCACAGUGGGAAACAUAGGACGGCAGUUAGCCAUGGGCGUUCCUGAGAAGCCCCACAGUGACUGAACUUUCGAUCCCACUGAUGCUGAGGAAAAAGGAACCAGAUUUGGGAAGGAUUCUGGGAUGGUGGGUUGUGACGAAGAUGAUCUUUCUCCUGAAUACUCUAUU